UAAGGAAAUUUUGACACUUUGAGUUAUAUAACCCAGCAUAUCAAAUUCUGGGGGAGGAUUUAUGAAGAAGGCUGGAACUCUGGCAUGGGCCAUUUCACAAACUCUGAAGAAUUGCCAAGUUGGUUUCUUACCAAAUAAAAAUACCUUUUCUAAACUUGCUCCAUCAGAGCCUUUCCCCAUUCUUCAUCUCCAAAGCUCCUGUCAACAUGGCUCCUUGGACAUCCUUCCUCCUCAACCCAACCAUCAUCUUCUCCUUGAUUUUACUGCUGCUGUUAGCGAGUCUGUUUCUGAGCAACUUCAGCUGGUCAUCUCGACUUAUGCCUCCUGGACCUACUCCGCUCCCUAUCAUUGGCAAUUUGCAUUUGAUAAAUAUUAAAAGGCAAGAUGUCUCAUUUAUGGAGCUUUCCAAAACCUAUGGCCCUGUCUUCACGCUCCAUCUUGGCCUGCAGAAGAUUGUGGUGCUGGUCGGCUACGAGGCGGUGAAAGAGGCCCUCCUGAGCAAAGGAAAUGAGUUUGUCGACCGGCCUCCCAUCCCCAUAUUCUUACAGAUCCAACACGGGAAAGGUAUUUUCUUCUCCAUUGGAGAAAUAUGGAAGGACACACGCCGGUUCACCUUGACCGCGAUACGGGACCUCGGGAUGGGCACUUCCCUGAUCGAAGGAAAGAUGCGCGAGGAGCUCAGUUUCCUGGUUGAGAAGGUCAACUCCUUCAAAGGCGAGCCUUUUGCAUUGAAGACCUUCUCUGCAGCUCCGACCAAUAUCACCUUCAUCAUCCUCUUUGGAGAGAGGUUUGACUACGCCGACCCAACUUUCACCAUCCUCCUAAGAAACAUCGAAGAAGUGAUGGGUCUUCUGGGGGCUCCGCCCUUACAUGUGUAUAACGUCUAUCCCUUCCUUGGAUUCCUUCUCAAACCCCAUAAGAUGAUCUUGAAAAGGAUCGAAGAAACCUGUGCCAUCAUCGAAAAAUACAUGCGAGCCAGCAAGGAGACGCUGAGCCGGAACCAGCUGCAAAGCUACAUCGACUCCAUGCUGUUCAAACAGCAGCAAGAGGGAGAGAGUGGCAAGAAGAAGAUAUUUCACAACCCCAAUGUCGUGGCUUCAGUUCUUGACCUUGUCAUGGCUGGGACGGAGACCACGGCCACCACUCUGCAGUGGACCAUUCUGCUGAUGAUGAAGUACCCUGAGAUUCAGAGUAAGCCAGCAUUUUCUUUUGCUAAGACACCUGGAUUGGGCUGAUCCCCACAAGUCAUAGAUCGCCUAGGAGCCGGGCUUAUCUCUCCCAUUGUUUUCUUCCUUCAAGCCACGAGGCUUCCCCUCCCACCCUGUCUGUCAGUUGGGCACCCAGGAGAACAUCGCACACCCAAGUAGCCAGAAACGGCUCCAAACUAGUCAAGGGCCACAGAGUCCUUGACCUGGAACAGAAGAAGCAGAGAUAGCAAUUGAGUUCCUCCAAAGUUUAGACAGUGGUUACGAUGGCCUUCUGGUGGCUUGGCGGUUGUCCUUGGAGGGCCAGCAGAUAGACUGCUUUAGAGCAGUGGUCACCAACCGGUGGGCUGGGGACCCCUGGUGG